UGCCGUUGGUUCACUCUCCAAUGGCGCGGCCAGCGCACCGCGCUGAUCCCGUGGCAGGAACCAGGUGCUCCUCCUGGUCUCCCACGGGGUGCAGGGCCCAAGGACUUGGGCCAUCCUCCACUGCACUCCCGGGCCACAGCAGAGAGCUGGCCUGGAAGAGGGUCAACCGAGACAGAAUCCGGCGCCCCGACCGGAACUAGAACCCGGUGUGCCGGUGCCGCAAGGCGGAGGAUUAGCCUGGUGAGCCGCGGUGCCGGCCCAGUGAUAGCUUUUUAGAAAUUGUAGAAUUUCUACUUUCAGCUUGCCAGGAAAGAAUCACAAAUGUCUCAAGAGAUCAUAUACUACGACUCUAAUAAUAAAGCAAUGUAUAUAGUGUAUGAUUAGUUGAACAGCUGGUGCAAACUUCCUAAUUUAAUCAAACAACAGUAGUUUUGUAAAUUAGAAUGACUGAAAGCUCCAUAAACAUUGUUUAAUAAUAUCACUGACUGGUGUUUUUUCACCUUUAACUGUCUCUGGAGUAGAAGGAAUACAUAGAAAUUUGCUUCUCACUUGUUAAUAGCUACAGUAAUGAUAAUAAAAUGAAUAAUCAGCAUUUAAUGAGUACAUACUUGUUCCAUGCAUUAUAUUCAAUACUACUUGUAGACUCUUUUUUAAAAAAAUAAAGAAUUUAUUUAUUUGUUUGAAAGACAAAGUUACAGAGAAAGAGUGAGAGAGGACAGAAGAGAGAGAAAGUGAGAGAGAGAGAGAGAGAGAGAGAGAUCUACUGUUCACUGGUUCAUCCCUCAAAUGGCCACAAUGACUGAGACUGGGACAGGCCAAAGCUAAGAGCCUCAAAAUCCAUCCAGAUCUCCCACAUGGAUUCACGGGCCUAAGGACUUGGGUCAUCUUCCCCUACUUUCACAGCUGUAUUAGCAGGGAACUGGAUUGGAAGCAGAGCAGCCAGGUAUCAAAACAGUGCCAGCAUGGGAUGCUGAUGUUGUAGGUGGUAACUUAACCUGUUGUGCCACAAUGCAGGCCCCUAAACAUGUUUUCAUUGCAGCCUUAUGGGUCUGGAAACUGAGACAUAGAGAUGUUAGGUGACUCACCUUUGGUCACCUGGCUCAAAAAUGAGAGAGAAAGGUUUCAAAACCAGACAUAGAAAGUACAAUGCCUGAAAUUGAGUCUUUAGCAGUAAGCAAAAAAGAAGACAGCAAAACAGAAUCAUUACUCUUCUGAUAUUAUCAACUACUAAAUUUUGGUUUGCAGAUGAUCUGGGGAAUAAUAUAUGAUAUGAGAUUAUUCAUGGAGCACAGAAUGCCUUGGGUCUUGCAUAUUUAAUUUCUCCAGACUUCCUUUCCUCCGUGGUUAAAUGUUGAUAAUAGUACCUCCUAGAGUUAUUGUGAGAAUUAAAAGAACUAAAUCCUUUAGCACUAAUAUGAGAGCCUUAUAUUAGUCUUAUGAUCCUUGCUGCUGCUGCUGCUGCUAUAAUUCUGGCGCACCUUCACUGUAAACUACAAGAGAGAGAUGAAUUCAUGUGCAGAUGUUAGCAGCGAGUCCAUGAAGCACAGGUGAAGGCGUAGCUGGGCAGGCAAGGGAGAGAGCCCUGCAGGCAGGGGAAGCGAAGGCUACGUGUGCGGAAGGGCUUGUGUGAGUCAGAGACAGCAGCUAAGUUCAGCCUGACAAAACUAUUCGUGCAAGAUGAAGCAAGAAUGAGAUUGUGUAGAAUAUUGUAUGUCAUUUAAUAUUUCAUGGUGUAAAAUGUGUAUAUUCAUCCUAUUUGAUCGUAAGUAUUCCCAAUCUGUUUUGUGAAAAAAUUUUUUCAGUAUAAAGAAGUAUCGAGUUUGGCUUAAUAAUGACUUUUGUAUAUGAUUCUCUGUGUAAAUAUCUUCAUAAACCAAUUUUCAUUACUAAUUUUUCGACUUCCUUUACCUUUUAAGCUUCUAUACAUGUCUGAAGUGUAGGGUUCAAAGCCAGGUAUACAUUCUUCACUGACCAGUGGUGUUUGUUUUAUCAUGUAGAUGAAGACAUAUGUUUAUUCCUCAGCUAUGACUCUUUCUUUUCUUUUUUUUAAGAUUUUAUUUAUUUAUUUGAGAGGCAGAGUUACAGACAGUGAGAGGAAGAGACAGAGAGAAAGGUCUUCCUUCCAUUGGUUCACUCCCUAAAUGGCCGCAACAGCAGGAGCUACGCCAAUCCGAAGCCAGGAGCCAGGUGCUUCUUCCCAGUCUCCCAUGCAGGUGCAAGGUCCCAAGGACUUGGGCCAUCUCCCACUGCUUUCCCAGGCCAUAGCAGAGAGCUGGAUUGGAAAUGGAGUGGCCAGGAUUAGAACCAGUGCCCAUAUGGGAUGCCGGCGCCGCAGGCAGAGGAUUAACCUGCUGCGCCACGGUGCUGCCCCCAGACUCUUUCUUUUCAAGUCACUCACAUCCUCUUGGUCUCCAGGUUCUGUGAAUUCCACUCCUGAAAGCAUCUGGGACUUUUAGUCUCUCUGCCACCGGCCUAUAUGCAAUCCUUCUUAAGCUUCUCUUGCCUGAACUAUUGUUUCUGCAUUGGACCUACUUAGGUGUUUCUGCCCUCCUGUGACUUUCUCAAACCUUCUCUGACCAGAGCCCCUGCAAAGUGAAUAUGGGCCAGGUAGUCACUCUGACUUUGUAAGUGAAAGGAUGUGUGGCAAACUAAGGAAACCAGCCCAACCAAUACAGUCUUUGCCCACCGACUCAAGAAUUGACUGACAAGACCAAAGAAAUUUCUCUUCCUGUUUGGUGAAUACUGCUGUCUCUAAGACAAGACAACCUUGGACACAAUAGGACGCCAUGUUGGAUCAUGCAGAGUAGUUAAGAAGCUGGAUAAGCGUGGGAGACAGACUGAUAGAAGAAGGAGAUAGUACAGCUCCCGGGAGGGAGAGAGAAGGGGAUUCUUUGUUCAUAACAGUCUUUUAGCUGCAGGUCCUGUGAGGCCUGUCAUGGUGGAACUGUGCUUCCUGUGUUUGAGAUAGUAUAUUUUGCAGCAUGAAUGCCUCUUUACUUGGGCUAAUUGAGUUCCGCUUCAUCCAAAUAUCCUCUACAACAGUUUUUAAAAGAUCUUCCUGCUGGUACUUCUUUUCCCAAAGCAGUGAUUACCAACUAUGGCUGUAUUGGAAUCACCUGAGAUUAAAAUACUGCCGGAUUCUAUCUCCAGUCAUUCUGAUUUAAUUGGUCUAGAGGUAUUCUGGAUUUGAUUUAAUACUCAGCUAGGGUUGAAAACCACACAAAACCAGCAUUCCCAAUAUUUUCUGAUAACAAACAUUGCCUGGAGCAGUUGCUAAAUAUUCCUGGACUUCUCCGAUUUAGGGUAGAAUUGGUGUUUUUUUGUUUGUUUGUUUGUUUUUUAAUCACUUAAGGUCAUAUGGAUCAGUAGGAAAGUGUGGGAAACAGUGUUCCUAUUCACCUUUCUCCCUGAUGCCAAAAUAAUCUUUGUGAGCCAUACCAUUUACUAGCCACAGGAACUUCGAUAAUUUGCCAUUGCAGCUGAUAAAAUACGAGUACUUGGGCAGAGCAUUCAAGAUCAAUGUGUUCCAGUCCACCUUUCCAAUCACUCAGGCAUCCAGAGUCCAGCCACACACUGUACACAGUCCCUGUUUGAUUGUACUCUUUGUGUGUUUUUGCCUGCAAUCAUCCUGACUCUGCUUUGUUUCCUAAAAAAAAUGACCCAUUAUUAUAGGCUCAGUUCAAGUGUCAUUUUCUGUAUUUAACUGCUCUGCCUCCCAUUUUUCUCUUCCUGAUUUUCCACAGGACUUUGUACUAAUCUCUAUUGCAUGUUAAUGGUAUAUAUAUCUUGAGUUUCUGAAAGGGUUCAUAUUCCAUUUUAAUUAUCUUGUCCCCCUCAGUGCUGGGUAUAAUGCCCAGCAUGGCAGUGGUGUUCAAUGAAUAAAUGAGUACAUGAGUAAAGAUUAAUUCUACUCUCUGUCAGUACUUUAGUUUGUUCCUUGAGUAGUGAAAGACAUUUUGGAGCACUAGCUGGAGUUAUUUACAGUAACAUUUUUGCUAAUUUAUUUUAAUCUAUUCUUUUUUGCAUUGACCUGUCAUUGGUGAGCUUUAAUAACCCUCUUUAAAUCAAGAUGCUUUGAUUUUAUUUAAAAAAUAGUUGUACAAAGUCCAUAUUCAUCAUGCUUCUUUGUUAGAAUAGCAUAGGACUUGCAAGUUGCUCUACACUAGUGGUUAUGUUCAAGUGUAUAUGUUAUCUGAUAGAGCUCAAGAGGUCUUUCUCAUUCUCUUUCAUUGCCAACAUUUUGCACAUUCAAGGAAAGUGACUCCAAGUCCAAAAAAGAAAGGCCAAAAGGUGAGGUAGAGAAAAAAUUAAAUUAAAGUCUGAAUAAACAAAAAAUAAAGACACCCAAUGCUAGGGGAAAAAAAUAUGACAGAACAGCCAGUUUUGUUUUAAGAAACUGUAAAAUGAAAUCCUGUAUGUUUUCAUCAUAUAAAGUUUUAGUUCUUCCUAAGUUUGCCAAAUUUGAAUUAUUUUUCUGAGGGAAGAUUUUUUUUUAUAACUGUCCUAUGUUUUGGUUUCAAUUUCUAUAGUGCAAGCUGAAGCUAAAUUUGCAGCGAGUUAGCAUAUAACUUAUUUUAAAAGCUUAAAUGGGGUCUUGUCCAUGCAAAGUAAAGAUUUUAAAAAUCUAGGGAGGCUAGGAGGAAAGUAUCAUUAUGUAAUUAGAACUGUGUCUGUGAAACACAUGAAAUCUGUUCUUUUUAAUAAUUUUUUUUAAGAUUUAAAAAAUUAAAACAAGCGAGAGCAGCGCUUCAUCAUUCCUCAUUUCGUGGCCAGUGUGAAGGGUGUGCACCGAGGGGACAUGCGCUGUUUCUGCUGGAGCAUCCUGUCUCAACAUCAGUCCGGAGAGAGCAGAGCGAGAGGCUGUUUGUGCAGGAGUCCGCGAUGUCUCCCUCUGGGGUAGGGAUAGUGAGACUCCAUGGCCGCUCUCCCCACCCCCAGUCCUGUCCCCUUCUGCUGAGGCACCAGCAUCAUCAUGCUCUUGAAAUUCAGUGUCCAUGCAUAGAACUACAGUGGCCGCAGGAGAGGGCUGCUUCUAAUGCUUAUUCUCUCCACACAGGUGUGCAUCCUGCUUCUAGUUGCUUCUCACUCAGCUUUAUAAAGUACUUUUUCAUCUGAGUGCUCAGAAUCGCUGAUGAAGAUCAUCUCAUUUUUUUCUUGCAGUGUUCCUAGGAGCAGACUACGUUUCUCUCCUUUGUACAGUGGUAGAAAUAGAAGAGAGGUGCUCCCUUGGAUGUCAAAACUGCAGCAGAGACUGUGGGGGUGGUGACAAAUGUACUCUUUAAGGACCAGGUCUGAAGAGUGUAAAUGUAUCUGUCACACUGAAUGGGGUUAACUGAAUGGGGUUAACGACUUCUCCCUGCUGCUUUGGUACCCUGGGUGUUCCUACUGUGUGAUCCAGGUACCUGGACAGCUUUCUCUACCAGGCUUGUUUGGUUGAGGGGAGGGGCGGGGAAUAUUUGCUCUACUUCUUGCAUUCAUUUUCUAUUUUUAGACAGACACUGGAGCAGAGAAGGGAAAAGUUAUUUGCCUAGGAGCAAAAAGUUGCUCAUUAUUGAAUCUGGUUCCACAAUAGGGAACUAUUGAUUUCUAUUCAUGCUGUUGGCUCUAGGGUUUUGUCACUCAAUUUUCUAUUUGCAUCAUUGUUAUUGUUACUGUCUUUUAUAAUAGUCCUUAACUUUGGGAUAAUUGAAGUGAAUAACAAAGAAAAGACCAAUUUAGGAAAAGUGUGUAAAAAUGGUAAAAUGAUGGAUACUUUGACCCUGGAAAGAAAAAGAAAAAUAGCAGUCAUACUCACAAGUUUAAAGGAAUUGUUCAGUUGGAUGGUUCUGAAAGGAUACAGCCUUGUUAUUAACGCUGAAAAGUUUAAUUACAUUUCAUUAUACUUUACUAGCUUCAAAGGGGACCAUGAAAGCAAAAACAAAAAUGCUUAAUCUCUAGGAGCUAGAUUUUCCUGCUGCUCUGUAAUGUAAAUAUGUCUGUGUGUGUAUUAAGAUUCACACACUCCAUCCUUUUGACUGGCUUUUAACGGAGAGGUCACCUGACUUCACCUAGAGCCGGCCCCCCGCCCCUUCCCAGAGGAAACCCAAAAGUGAGAGGCAGGCGUGUGCAUAACACAAGUUCUCCUGCUGAGAGAUGUAAAUGACCCAGACUGGGAAUCGGGAAUCCAGGGAGGGUGCUGGUGGGGGGUGGGGAAAGAGCCACGGAGAGCGAGCGUAAGCGAGACCGAGGAGAGAGGAAGAGAGAGAGGAAGUGGGGGAGAGAGGACGAGUGAGAGCGAGGGGGAGAGAGGAGUGUGCUGCAUGCUUCAUCUUUGAGAGGAGGAAAAACAAAAGACCUCAGCGGCAGUUUUGUGUGGCUGUGUCUGGCUCAGAGAGGAAAAUUCUAGACAUCCAUGCUGAAAACAUCCAUCAAGACGCGCAUCUCCUCUGAGCAUGUGUUGGAUCAGUACAGGUGGUUUGAGAAGACACUGACUGAGGACCAUGGAGAGGUGGGCCAGGACGCGCGGCUCGGCGGCUUCCCCUGAGCUCCGCUCCAGGCACCACAAGGCCACAUAAGGAGGGCGAGGUCCCUGGAGUGGACUACAUCUUCAUCACCGUUGAAGAUUUUAUGGAAUUGGAGAAAAGCGGUGCUCUCCUGGAAAGCGGCACUUAUGAAGACAACUACUACGGUACCCCAAAGCCUCCAGCAGAACCAGCACCAUUGUUAUUAAAUGUAACAGACCAGAUACUUCCAGGAGCCACUCCAAGUGCUGAAGGCAAACGGAAGAGGAAUAAAUCAGUGAGCAACAUGGAGAAAGCAAGUGUAGAGCCUCCCGAGGAGGAAGAGGAAGAGAGGCCUGUGGUCAAUGGAAAUGGAGUAGUGGUAACACCAGAAUCCAGUGAACAGGAAGACAAGAGUGCAGGUGCCUCAGGGGAGACCCCCUCCCAGCCUUAUCCUGCGCCAGUGUACAGUCAGCCUGAGGAGCUGAAGGAGCACAUGGAGGAUACAAAGCCAACCAAGCCUGAAGAGAGUGAGGACUCGGACCCAUUGCCUGAUAACUGGGAAAUGGCCUACACAGAGAAGGGCGAAGUCUACUUCAUUGACCAUAACACAAAGACAACAUCAUGGCUGGAUCCACGACUUGCGAAAAAGGCUAAGCCUCCAGAAGAGUGCAAAGGAAAUGAGCUUCCAUAUGGCUGGGAAAAAAUCGAUGAUCCCAUAUAUGGCACUUAUUAUGUUGACCACAUAAAUAGAAGGACACAGUUUGAAAACCCUGUCCUGGAAGCAAAAAGGAAGCUACAGCAGCAGCAUAACAUGCCCCACACAGAACUUGGACCAAAGCCUCUGCAGGCCCCAGGUUUCCGAGUAGACAGCUCCUCAUCGACAUUACCUAGGCCCAAAUCCAUCCGCCCACAUGCUGCCCGGGAGAGGUCUCGCAGUGUGAAUGACUUGUCCUCCUUUCGUCGCUACCCUGCAGGGAGACCCUGGCCCUUUGAAAAGCCACUCUUCACCCGGGAUGCCUCCCAGUUGAAGGGAACAUUCCUGAGCACCACCCUAAAAAAGAGCAACAUGGGGUUUGGAUUUACCAUCAUUGGCGGUGAUGAGCCUGAUGAGUUUCUGCAGGUGAAAAGUGUGAUUCCAGACGGGCCUGCUGCACAGGAUGGAAAAAUGGAAACAGGUGAUGUCAUUGUCUAUAUUAACGAAGUUUGUGUCCUUGGGCACACUCAUGCGGAUGUUGUCAAACUUUUCCAGUCUGUUCCUAUUGGUCAGAGUGUCAACCUGGUGUUGUGUCGUGGCUACCCUUUGCCCUUUGACCCUGAGGAUCCUGCUAACAGCUUGGUGCCACCCCUUGCAAUAAUGGAGAGGCCACCUCCAGUGAUGGUCAAUGGAAGACAUAACUAUGAAACAUAUUUGGAAUACAUUUCUCGGACCUCACAGUCAGUUCCAGAUAUAACAGAUCGGCCGCCUCAAUCUUUGCACUCCAUGCCAGCUGACGGUCAGCUAGAUGGCACGUAUCCACCACCCGUCCAUGAUGACAAUGUGUCUAUGGCUUCGUCUGGGGCCACCCAAGCUGAACUUAUGACCUUAACCAUUGUGAAAGGUGCCCAGGGCUUUGGCUUCACUAUUGCUGACAGUCCUACAGGACAGCGGGUGAAACAAAUACUGGACAUUCAGGGAUGCCCUGGACUGUGUGAAGGCGACCUCAUUGUCGAGAUCAACCAGCAGAAUGUACAGAACCUGAGCCAUACAGAAGUAGUGGAUAUACUGAAGGACUGCCCCGUUGGAAGCGAGACUUCCUUGAUCAUCCAUCGAGGAGGUUUCUUUUCUCCAUGGAAAACUCCAAAGCCUAUACCAGACCGAUGGGAGAAUCAAGGCAGUCCUCAGACGAGUCUAUCUGCUCCUGCCGGCCCACAGAACCUGCCCUUCCCACCCGCACUUCACAGGAGCUCCUUCCCUGACUCAGCAGAGGCCUUUGACCCGCGGAAGCCUGACCCCUAUGAGCUCUACGAGAAAUCUAGAGCCAUUUAUGAAAGUAGGCAACAAGUGCCACCCAGGACCAGUUUUCGAAUGGAUUCCUCUGGUCCAGAUUAUAAGGAACUAGAUGUUCACCUUCGGAGGAUGGAGUCUGGAUUUGGCUUCAGAAUCCUUGGAGGAGAUGAGCCCGGUCAGCCUAUUUUGAUUGGCGCUGUCAUUGCCAUGGGCUCGGCAGACAGAGACGGCCGCCUGCACCCAGGGGACGAGCUUGUCUAUGUGGAUGGGAUUCCAGUGGCUGGCAAGACCCACCGCUAUGUCAUCGACCUCAUGCACCACGCGGCCCGCAACGGGCAGGUUAACCUCACUGUGAGAAGAAAGGUGCUAUGUGGAGGCGAACCCUGUCCCGAGAAUGGGAGGAGUCCAGGCUCUGUGUCAACCCAUCACAGCUCUCCACGCAGUGACUACACAACCUACGCCAACAGCAACCACGCAGCCUCCAGCAGCAACGCCUCUCCCCCCGAAGGCUUCGCCUCCCACAGCCUGCAGACCAGCGACGUGGUCAUUCACCGCAAGGAGAACGAGGGAUUCGGCUUUGUCAUCAUCAGCUCCCUGAACAGGCCCGAGUCCGGAUCCACUAUUACUGUGCCCCAUAAAAUAGGCCGCAUCAUUGAUGGGAGUCCUGCAGAUCGCUGUGCAAAACUGAAAGUGGGAGACCGGAUCUUAGCCGUGAACGGCCAGUCCAUCAUCAGCAUGCCUCACGCUGACAUCGUGAAGCUCAUCAAGGACGCAGGUCUUAGUGUCACCCUUCGCAUCAUUCCUCAGGAGGAGCUCAACAGCCCGGCCUCGGCACCCAGCUCAGAGAAGCAGAGCCCCUCGGCCCAGCAGCACAGCCCCUCGGCCCAGCCAAGCCCAGCCACCCCCAACAGUCCCGUCGCCCAGCCAGCUCCUCCUCAGCCACUGCAGCUGCAAGGACAUGAAAGCAGUUACAGAUCGGAAGUCAAAGCAAGGCAAGAUGUGAAACCAGACAUCCGACAGCCUCCAUUCACAGACUACAGGCAGCCACCCCUGGACUACAGGCAACCCCCAGGAGGGGACUUCCAGCAGCCCCCGCCCGUGGAGUACAGACAGCCUCCCCUGCUGGACUACAGGCAGCACUCCCCUGACACGAGGCAGUACCCUCUGUCAGACUACAGGCAGCCCCAGGAUUUUGACUAUUUCACUGUGGACAUGGAGAAAGGAGCCAAAGGAUUUGGAUUCAGCAUUCGUGGAGGAAGGGAAUACAAGAUGGAUUUGUACGUGCUGAGAUUGGCAGAAGAUGGGCCAGCAAUAAGGAAUGGAAGGAUGAGGGUAGGAGAUCAAAUCAUUGAGAUCAAUGGGGAAAGCACAAGGGACAUGACACACGCCCGGGCCAUAGAGCUCAUCAAAUCCGGAGGAAGAAGAGUGAGGCUGCUGCUCAAGCGAGGCACGGGGCAGGUCCCGGAGUAUGACGAACCCAGCGCCUGGAGUGCUGCCGCUGCCGCCGCCCCAGGUCUGCCGCAAGUAGGCGUCUCCCUGGAAGACAUCCUCUCUCCAUUCUCUCCAUCACAUCCAGCCCCACCCUCCGACCCUUCCCUCCAGAUAGGCCCAGACCCCACUUGGGAUAUCAAAAGGGAACACGACGUUAGGAAACCAAAGGAGCUUUCAGCCGGCGGCCAGAAGAAGCAGCGCCUCGGGGAGCAGAGGGAGCGCUCGGCGAGCCCUCAGCGGGCCGCGCGGCCGAGGCUCGAGGAGGCGCCCGGCGGCCAGGGGCGGCCCGAGGCCGGCAGGCCCGCCUCGGAGGCCAGGGCGCCCGGGCCCGCGGCGGCGGACGCGGCGGACGCGACGCGGGCGGGCGGGCAGGAGGGUCCCCGCGCCGCGGCGGCCCCGGAGCCCGGCCGGCGCGAGGGUCCCGGGGCGGCGGCCGCGUUCGGCGGCGUGGGCGGCGUGAGCGCGCGGGAGGCCGAGGCCAGGGCGGGCGCGCGCGCGGGUUCCCGGCCGGGCCCGCGGCCGCCGGGGGUCGCCCCCGCGCGCAAGGCCUCGGUGGCGCCGGGGCCGUGGCGGGUGCCGGGCUCCGACAAGCUGCCGGGCGUGCUGAAGCCCGGCGCCUCGGCCGCCGGCAGAUGAGCGGCGCGGCCGGCCGCCUCCACACGCAAGGCCACGCUUCCGAGGCUCCGUCUCGACGGCGUUUUAAUUUAUUGUCCCUUUCACACACCGCGUUAGAUGCACGAGGCCACCCGGGCCUGGGAGCACCGGCCCGCAGCCCCCGCGUGUCCGCCGAGCGCGGGCGGACGGAACUGAUCUUAAAAGACCCCCACCCGGGUCCGCGGCGGGGGGCCCGGGCAGCUACGGAAGAACCAAAACACAACGCGGAGAGGCAGUGCAGUGUAGCUUUAGCUUAACGAAGAGAGAAAAAAAAAUACAAUAAAACUCCCCCCACUGCAUGAAGGAUUUGGAUGUCAUCCAAACUUUAGAUCAAGAAACUGGACACGUUAAGAGCAAUCACAAACUGGAAUUUCGCCUUAAAAACAAAUAUCAAACUGCACGGAGCAAGCGGAAACUGAGACGAGAUUAUAUCUUUUAAUUGAUCUAAAGCGUUGUAAAUAAAUUGUUCUUGACGUAUCUGGA